GAAGUUUGACAUUUGGUCAGCCUGCACGUACGUGUCCCUUCAUAUCCCGCUCUAUCACGCGUCUGUAACGGAGUGAUAUGAAAGCUGUUUGACGAGUCCUUAAUCUUACCGAACCAUUAAAUUUCACGUUCGGAGUCAUGGAAGACGUUUUUCAAAACGGUAAUUAUUGUAACGAGGCGAAUGCAAAUAUGAGCACUUCGGAGGCAUCAAAAGAGGAUUCUUUAUUGGAUCAUAUGGAAAUUUCAAUAGUUGAGGCUGAAAAGCGAUCUAAUGGACCAUUAAAUUUAAGAGAAUUCUAUACUGUGUACCUUGUUGAAACUAAAGUUACAGAUCUUGAUUUCAAGGGUGCUCUAAGCAUCACAAGUUCAUUAUGGAGACGUUAUACUGAUUUUGAAUUAUUAAGAACAUAUUUAGACAUUGCAUAUCCGUAUAUUGUAUUACCACCAUUGCCAGAAAAAAGAGUAUUAUACGCAUGGCAGAAAGUUACAACAGAUACUUUUGAUCCAGAUUUUGUAGAUCGACGAAGAGCAGGAUUAGAGAAUUUCUUGCUAAGAGUAGCAUCACAUCCUGUACUUUCUCAAAAUGAACACUUCAUGGGAUUUCUACAACAAAAGGAAGGCUGGAGGGAACAUAUUCAAGAGAUAAGUUAUUUACGUUUAGCAGAGUCUAAGUUAAAAGCUCUCAGUGUAGCUGUUCGUUUAAGAAAACCAGAUAAAAGAUUUGAAACAUUAAAGAAUUAUGGAAUUGAACUUCAGAACAAUCUCUGCAAUCUUCUUAGAGUACGAGCUCGUCUUGUGGAAAAACAAUACAGUUUAUAUAAAUUACAUGCUAAUUAUGGCCGUGUGUUUAGUGAAUGGAGCGCUAUAGAGAAAGAAAUGGGAGAUGGUUUACAGAAAUCAGGACAUUACUUGGACUCAUUAGCAGCUACAAUUGAUACAACACUUGAAGAAGAAGAACUUAUAGCGGAUCAAUUGAAGGAAUGGCUCUUUGGAGCUUCAGCUUUACAAGCUGUUGUUAGACGAAGAGAAGCUUUACAGGUAGCUAGAGAUGAAGCACAGGAUGCAUUGAUAGCUGCGUGCGAACAAAAAGACAGAGUGAUACAAGGAAAAGCAGGAUUAAUGUCCCGACUAUUUGGAUCUGUCGAUACUGAAGAAGUACGAGAGUUAAAAAUUCUUCGAUUGGAGCAUAGAAUUACACAACAGAAUGAUAUCGUUAAACAAGUCGAUGAGGAUUUAAAAUCCUUUUCUAACAAGGCUAUGAUAGAUAUAGAUAGAUUUCAACAUCAAAAGGUCAUCGAUUUGAAAGAAACUUUGGCAGCUUACUGUGUUCUACAAUUUAAACUAGCUAGAAAGAGUCUUCAAACUUGGCAGCAUAUUAAGGAAUGUCUUGAAAGUAUACCGUAAAUAUACCGUAAGUAAAAAUAAUUUCAAAAUGCGAUUUCUAAUCGAUGUGAAAAAAAUAAUCAUUCCAAAUUUUUCGCGCGAUCUAUAUAUAUACAUACACAUAUGUAUAUAUAUGUACAUAUAUAUAUAUAUAUAUAUAUAUAUGUAUAUGUAUAUGUAUAUGUAUAUGUAUAUAUAUUUCUAUAUUUAUGAAUUCACUGAACUGUACGCUUAUUAAUAUUAUUAAUAUAUAAGAAUUUUUUUAUCAUUAAUUUAAUCCCGUAUGGGUGUGUGCGCAUGCGUUAUUUUGUACGCACACACACAUAUAUGUAUGUAUACUAUUACCAUCGCGUUUGGGUGUAUAAAUUUAUUGUAUAAUGUUAUUUCGUAUUUAUAUGCAUUUAGUCGAACGUGACGUAUUCGUUAAUCGAUACGUAAAAAAGAUAUUAUUAUAUUAAGACGACAUAUUUUAAUCAGGUUAAAUAUGUGAAAACAUUAUCACAUUUGAUAGUACAUUUACUUAUAGAAUUUUGCAAAUUACAUUCUUUUUCUUUGAUAUUACAUGACACCAAAUUUAUCAAUACUUUUUUUUGUUUAUUUUCUUUUUUCUUUUCUUUUCUUUUUUUUCUUUCUUUUCUUUUUUCUUUUUGUCUUUUUUUUUUUUAUUUUAUCGUGUUUUCUAUAACAAUGUUCAAAGAAAAGGCUUCGUUUGUGCUUUAUCUACUAUAAAACAAUCAUUUAAUUAAAUUCGUACACGUUCAAUAUCACCGUAUAUUCGUAUCUUUCGUUAUAUUUCUGAUAUAUAAACAAACUUUGUUGUAUUUAACAUAGAAAAUAAUUCCAAAUCUCUAUAUAUCAUUGUUUUCUUAAAAGGUAAAUGUUACUCAUUUUACUAAGUGUAUUUUUACAAGUUCAAUAUGUAACCUCCAGUGCUUUAAGUAAGUAAACGGUGCCUGAUUGAAAUGAAUUAUUUUAUACAAAAAAAUAAAAAAAUAAAAAAAAAUAAAAAAUAAAAAA